AUGAAGGAACACCGGCGUUGGGCAUGGGAGUCGCCCGAUUGUAACUCAUGCGGAGAUCGACCACAUUCUCACCAACCGAAGAUGGUGCUUACUGAACAUCUUAUCGGUACCAUCCUUCAGCAGUGUCAGAUCAUCGUCUCUAUCGAACGAAAGUGGAUUCAGCCGAAAGCUUGGAAGGAAGUCUUGUCUGUUGGAGGAAAGAGGAAGUAG